AUGUCAGCACAGAAAAUUGAGAUAGAUCAUGAGGAUGUUCUCUAUGAUGUUGUCAUGGAUCAUUAUGGAAGACGUUUGGCGACUGCUUCAUCCGAUACUACCAUUAAGAUUGUACUGGAGGGUUGCUUGGGCGCAUCCCAAGAUUUCAAGACCCCGUUUUGGAGUGUUUCAUGCUCGCCGACCGGGAACUUAUUGUCCGCUGCGGAUGCCAACAAGAACGUCACAUUGUGGAAAGAAGCUGUUGGUGGGGGUUAUGAAUUGAGAAAGAAAUACAAAAAAGAAAGCGCAAGUGUCGAAGCAGGAGCUCUUGUUGUUAGAGGCCGUUCGAAGAGUCAGAAUAAAGGAAGGAUGGGGAGAUUGAAGUCAAAGUCCAGAUUGAGCAAAGAUGAGUGUUCCUUUGUCGAGAAAAAGGGCACUGGAAGAAAGAAUGUCACAGGCUAA